AUGUGGCUGUUGUCGGUUCUGCCGGCCAUGGUGAGGGUUUACCUGUGUGGGAUCCGAGUCCUCUUCUAUCAGCUCUUCAACAGAUCCUUUACCUUACCAGUCCUGCCCAAGCAAAAUGGAAGGGUUGCAAUAGUGACAGGGGGUGUCCGAGGAAUGGGCUUUGAGACUGCAAGACAUCUGGCAAACCUUGGCAUGCAUGUUGUAAUAGCUGGGAACGAGGAAGAAGAAGGCCUGGCAGCUGUGAGGAAGAUCCACGAAGAAGGCAAUGAGGGGAAAGCGGAGUUUGUCUUCAUGGACCUGGCCUCCCUGAAAUCUGUCCGACAGUUUGUUCAGAAGUUCAAAAACCGGGGUCUCCCGCUUCACGUCCUGGUUAACAACGCGGGCAUUAUGCUGGUUCCUCAAAGGAAGACAGAGGAUGGCUUUGAGUCACACUUUGGGAUCAACUACCUUAGCCACUUUCUGCUGACCAACCUCUUACUGGAUGUAAUGAAGAAGUCUGGCGAGCAGGGCUGCUGCUCUCGCAUCAUCAACAUGGCCUCCGCCACGCACUAUGGAGCCACUCUGAACAUGGACGACUUGCAGAGCAGGAAAUCCUACAGUGCCCACGGCGCCUACGCCCAGAGUAAAGUGGCAAUAGUCCUCUUCACCUAUUACCUGCAGGAGCAGCUGACAGCCGGAGGCUUCCCGGUCAUGGCCAGUGCCGUGGACCCUGGCAUGGUGGACACCGCACUGUAUGACAGACUCUGCGGUCCGGCACAGAUCGCCAAGAAACCAGUGGCCAAACUCCUCUUCAGGACACCAGCUGAGGGGGCGUCCACAGCUGUCUACGCCGCUGCAGCCUCUGAAAUGGAGGGCGUGGGCGGCUGCUACCUGUACAACGGCAAGAGGAUGCAGUCGGCCGACAUUACCUACAAGGCCGACGUACAAGCUGACCUCUGGAGGCGAAGCUGUGCGCUUGUGGGCCUGAAAGAGGCCUGACAGCCCCGGGCGGAGACCCCCCGGCUAGCAAAACAAGUCCACAUUCCUCAGAGGUGUUUAAGGAACGAGGUCUGGAAUUGACACCUUGUGUUAAUUUGGCCGCAACGAAACUGCAAACUUGUGGAGUUUUUAUUGCAACUGUUGUGAGUUUUUCAUGAGGAGCCAUUUUGAUUGUAGAGGCUCAACCACCCGGCCAUCCAGCAUCACAGACCAUCCAAAACCAUAUCAAACUUGAAAUCAUGUCUGUAGUGCAUUCUCCUGUUCCAUCACGGGCUCUUGUGGGGCUCAGGUAAAUGGCGAGCGUUGCCAAACCUCCUCCAGUGUUUCUGUCAGCAAUACCGUUUCCUUGUUUUUCAAGAGCAUUGACAGUCAUGUAUGUUGUAAGUCAUGGUGAUGGGCUUGAAAAUUUGAUCUUAGGCAGACUAACGAGCUUAGAAUUAUCUAAAAGUGUAAUUAACAGGAAUACACAUAAAUCCAUCCCAUAGUGUGCACACUGCACAAACCUAAAACUGGCCCAUCUGCACAGCGAAUGCAACCAGAGUCAAUAUCUUGCUCAUGGACCCUUCAGCGGGGCAGAUUCUUGAAACGUAGUCUUUUUUUUGCGACACUUGCAACAGCAGAUAGCAGGAGAAAAAACAUUCUCACAUCAGAUACACUCAGUUCUUCAUGUGCCAAAUAUAGUUUUUAUGAUGAGAUGCUGUGUUGGUGAACUUGCGUUCUCUCACAUUUUCGUCGGUGGCCUACUAGGAUGCUCUCAAAGUGCAGCUUUUCUGAUUUUGAAGAUGCCGAUCGUAGUUAAUCUGAGCAGCUUCUAAAUGCCUUUGCGGUACCUGCCUCCCCUGUUCUGUUUUCCAAGUUUGUCAUUAUUCAGUAUCUGAUUGUCUUGUAUCACCUCAUGGUGCGGUCUUGUUUUAGUGUCAGUGAGCACUCAGUAAAGGGCUUGAAGUGGAAAUUCACACAACUGCAGAGUUCAUACAGGUUACGGUGAUAAAAUGCAGCGCACCUUCUGGAAAAACAGAAACCCGAGAAUCGAGUUUCUCAGAGGAAUAUCUCUGGAGCUGCUCUCCCGAUGCAUCCAGGCGAGCUUCGUGUUGUUCACGCUGCAAAACCGCUUCCGGUCUUGUGUUUCAUGAAAUCAUGCAUGCGCCCCGAGAUGCAUGAAAUCAUCAUGAGUCUCUAAUUGCUCACUUAGGGAGGCUGGACCGUCCAAGAUCACAGAGGUAGCUUGAGUUUCACGGUCGAUAUUUUCUUCAAUAACAACACAGCAUUUGCCCCAUUUCUGGCCCUCUUCUUCUUUUACUUCUCUUCUUCCUAUUUGCAUUGCAGUAUUAUGUAGCUUAUUAGUAAAAAGAGCCCCGCUGUGGAGAUUAGCACUUGCUUUGGCUAGCAAACCCAAAGGGAUUUGCACCAUUUCUUAUUGGCUGUGAUUGGCAAAAACUUCAGUUUCAUUAAAAUCUCAGUGUGGCUCCAAAUCAUCUUCGACUGCAACAUUAAUGUGCAUAAUGUUUCUCAGGCAUUUUCAGUUGGUGAGUAUUUUUUCAGAUGUUUACAGUGGGUUUCAUAUCUGCAUCAUGUGGCCCAGAGGCACCGUACAGUUCAUGUACCACGAGCAGCCUCGAUGGCCGUGGUUCAAGGAUUACCCGGAUGGGAGAAAAGCCAUUUCUCGUCAUUUGGGAAUCGAACCACCGCAAACCGAUCUUUGCACUUCCGUUCAUGUAUUUGAGCUUUGCUGACUGUGUUGUCCGGAAGCACCGGCAUAUUGACCUAAUUUUUUUACAUUUCGAGUUGUUUGCGUGGGGGAAAAAUUGAAUGUCUAAAACACGUACCCUGAUCUGUUGUUGUUAAUGAGUCGUCAGUGCUACCGAGUAAGAUGUAAACUUGCCUAUAGAAAAGUGUACCUUGAGAAAGUCCUACCAUGUAUUGUCGAUUAUGUUGCAUACCAUGAUCACUGUGAACGAUUUCUUAUUUUGCCUCGCAAGUCCCUCGAUUUGUUGUGCGCUGUAAACUGAAUCUACUUAUGUCAGUUAUGUCGAGUCUGACACGACGGACUGUGAAAGAUGUACCACUUAUGUCUGGAACGUGCCAAUUAAA